CCCGGCCCCUCUGGUCGGCGCAGGCGGGGAAGCGCCGCGGCACCGGCGCUGCCGCUUCCCACCCCUUUCCUGCCGCUUCCCUCGCAGCCGCCGGCUGCGCUCGGGCCUGGAUCGCCACGCCAAGGCCGCCGCAGGGGAGCCUGCAUCGACUGGGAUCAGCCGCUGGAAGCUCCGGGUUAGGUGGGAUGAGUCGAGGCCUCCGUGCCAUCCCAGCGUGCUAACAGCGAGUAGUUAACGCUGCUUCAGCCUGCGCUGACUCGGAGUGUAAACAAAUCACAUUGAAUCAUGGCAGCAGACUCUAUGGAAAUUGAUGAUGCUUUGUAUAGUCGCCAGAGGUAUGUUCUUGGAGACACGGCAAUGCAGAAGAUGGCUCAGUCCCACGUGUUCCUGAGUGGUAUAGGUGGCCUUGGUGUGGAGAUUGCCAAAAACAUCAUUCUGGCAGGGGUAAAGGCUCUUACAGUUCAUGACACCAAGCACUGCACAAAAUGGGAUUUGGGGAUCAACUUCUUCAUCCAUGAAGAUGAUGUUACCAGUCAAAGGAACAGGGCUGAGGCCACACUUCCUCGUAUUGCAGAACUCAAUCCAUAUGUCCAUGUAGCAGCAUCAACUGUGCCAUUAGAUGAAACCACAGAUCUGUCUUUCCUAAAGCACUACCAGUGUGUCAUAUUGACUGAAGUAAGUCUGUUGCUGCAGAAGAAGAUUAAUGACUUCUGUCAUGCUCAGCAGCCACCCAUUAAGUUCAUCAGUGCAGAUGUGUAUGGAGUAUGUUCACGUUUGUUUUGUGACUUUGGUGAUGAAUUUGAAGUGCUGGAUACAACAGGAGAGGAGCCAAAGGAGAUCUUCAUUUCAAAUAUAACACAAUCAAAUCCUGGUAUUGUCACUUGCCUUGAAAAUCAUCCACACAGGCUUGAAACAGGACAGUUCUUAACCUUUCGGGAAGUUAAUGGAAUGUCGUGCUUGAAUGGAUCCACGCACCAAAUAACAGUGGUGUCACCUUAUUCCUUCAGCAUUGGUGACACAUCAGAGAUGGAGCCUUACCUGCAUGGAGGCAUAGCUGUGCAGGUGAAGACGCCCAAGAUGUGUUACUUUGAACGGCUGGAGAAGCAGAUAACAAAUCCAUUAUGCCUUGUUGCAGAUUUUAGCAAGCCUGAGGCACCUUUGCAGAUCCAUGUUGCCAUGCUUGCCUUGAACCACUUCCAGGAGAACUUUGGUCGCAGACCGAACAUUGGAUGCCUUCAAGAUGCUGAGGAAAUGCUGAAAAUAGCCACAUCUAUAAAUGAAACACUGGAAAACAAACCUCAGGUGAAUGCAGAUGUGGUGAAAUGGCUGUCUAGGACUGCUCAGGGAUUUCUACCUCCUUUGGCUGCAGCAGUGGGUGGUGUUGCUAGCCAGGAAGUCCUGAAAGCAGUAACAGGAAAAUUUUCUCCACUGCGGCAGUGGCUAUAUAUAGAUGUGUUAGACAUUGUAACACCUCUAGAGAAGAUGGGCUCUGAGGAGUUUCUCCCACGGGGAGAUAGAUACGAUGCCUUGAGGGCUUGUAUUGGAGACUCUCUGUGCCAGAAGCUCCACGAUCUGAAUGUUUUCUUGGUUGGCUGUGGAGCGAUAGGCUGUGAAAUGCUGAAAAACUUUGCCCUUCUUGGUGUUGGUACUGGGCAAGACAAAGGAUUGGUUACAAUUACAGAUCCAGAUUUGAUAGAGAAAUCCAACCUGAACAGGCAGUUUCUUUUUCGACCUCAUCACAUACAGAAACCUAAGAGCUACACUGCAGCAGAAGCAACUCUGAACAUCAAUCCUUACAUAAAGAUUGAUUCAGAUAUUAAUAAAGUUUGUCCAGCCACUGAGAGCACUUACAGUGAUGAAUUCUACACCAAGCAAGAUGUGAUUGUGACUGCUUUGGACAACGUUGAAGCCAGGAGAUACAUUGAUAGUCGUUGUGUAGCAAACCUGCGUCCUCUUAUAGACUCUGGGACUAUGGGAACAAAAGGACACACAGAAGUUAUUGUCCCCCAUCUGACAGAGUCCUACAAUAGUCAUCGGGAUCCACCAGAGGAAGAAAUACCUUUUUGUACCUUGAAGUCUUUCCCAGCUGCUAUUGAGCAUACAAUACAGUGGGCAAGAGAUAAGUUUGAAAGUUCAUUUUCUCACAAGCCUUCAUUGUUUAACAAAUUCUGGCAAACAUAUCCGUCGGCAGAAGAAGUUUUACAGAGAAUAAAAUCAGGAGAGAGCUUGGAAGGCUGUUUUCAUGUUAUUAAAACUCUCAGUAGAAGACCCCGAAGUUGGACUCAGUGUGUAGAACUAGCAAGAGUAAAAUUUGAAAAGUAUUUUAGCCAUAAGGCUCUUCAGCUCCUUCAUUCAUUUCCCCUUGAUACACGAUUAAAAGAUGGAAGUUUGUUUUGGCAGUCACCAAAGAGGCCUCCUUUCCCAGUGAAGUUUGAAUUUAAUGAUCCUUUGCACUAUGGCUUCAUCGUGAGCACAGCAAAACUCUUUGCAACAGUGUACUGUGUUCCUUUCACGGAAAAGGACUUGUCAGAGGAAACCAUUUUGGGGAUUAUUUCAUCUGUGAAGGUACCAGAGUUUAGACCUUCAAACAAAGUUGUACAGACUGAUGAAACUGCAAGAAAACCAGACCAUAUUCCUGUCAGCAGUGAGGAGGAAAGAAAUGCUAUUUUCCAGCUGGAGAAGUCUAUACUAUCCAACGAAGCUCUGGAAACUGACUUGCAAAUGAAGCCCAUCUCCUUUGAGAAAGAUGAUGAUAGUAAUGGGCACAUAGAUUUCGUAACAGCAGCAUCAAACCUGCGAGCCAAGAUGUACAACAUCGAGCCAGCAGAUCGGUUCAAAACAAAGCGCAUUGCUGGAAAGAUUAUUCCUGCCAUUGCAACAGCUACUGCUGCAGUAUCGGGGCUGGUUGCACUGGAACUCAUCAAAGUUGUGGGUGGCUACUCAGCUGAUGCAUAUAAGAACUGUUUUCUGAACCUAGCCAUUCCCAUAAUGGUCUUUACAGAAACUGCUGAAGUAAGAAGAACGGAAAUCAGAAAUGGGAUAUCAUUUACCAUCUGGGACAGGUGGACAAUUUAUGGGAAAGAGGAUUUUACUCUGUUGGACUUCAUAAAUGCUGUCAGAGAGAAAUACGGAAUUGAACCAACUAUGGUUGUACAAGGAGUCAAAAUGCUCUAUGUUCCUGUGAUGCCAGGCCAUAUUAAAAGAUUAAAGCUGACGAUGCAAAAGCUUGUGAAACCGUCAGCUGAUAAGAAGUAUGUGGAUUUGACAGUAUCAUUUGCUCCAGAGACUGAUGGAGAGGAAGACUUGCCAGGGCCACCAGUGAGAUACUACUUUGUUCAGGAAGACAAUUGAUGGUAGAGACACAAAAGUCACUCAUGGACCAUUUGUUCUGGGAGUGUGCUAAUUUUCAGCUAUUAAAGAUGGUACUAUAUAUUUCUUUUUGGUGAAGCCUUAAUUAAAUGGUGAAAAUCAGUGGCUUUGCACUGAAGACAAACUGGAUUUGUUUCUUCUGCUCCUGUAUUCUUCAAGCCUGUUUGCUCAAAGGAGGAUUGGUCACUCCAUGAGAUGGAAUGUCCAGUACAGUCCUUACCUUAAAGGCAAGAUUUGUUUUGAGGAAAGCAAGAAGAAUUGUGAACCUAAGAAAUGGGUCUCCAUGUGCAAAUUAGGCAAUUUGCAUUUGCUUAGGGAAGACUGCAAAAAUAGGAAAAGCACCAUUUUAUGAUACUCCUGGUGUUCUAAGAACAUCUCAAAUUCAUUUCAUAUGUUACUUCAUUCUCAAACAAGAAUUCCAUUCUUGCCAUCUACACGUGAGAUUUAGUCCAUCUGAAAGGCUUAAACGCCUACUUCAAAGCAGAGGAACUGCUUUCUUGUGUGGCUGGUUAGUGGUGCCGUGGUCAGCACAGCUAUCCUGUGUCAGUCUCAGCAUGGAAACAUGGGGAGGGGGGUGUAAAUUGUCAAAGCUCCCCUGAAGUCCAGAAAGCUGGAACUGUUGAUUAUCUGCACUAAGACUGUUCUUUGUGAAAUACUGCAGUAUGGGGAAAGUGAAAACCUAUCAGAGAGCCAAAUUAGCACUUUCAACAAUAAAACUUGGUCUUCAACAAAGAGAAAAUAUGGUUGAGCCUUUCUGCCCUCACCAAAUUGAAAUCACUGUAGCACUUGAUGACGUUAAAAGGAGGAAAAGACAACCUCUGGAUGGUCAUAGCAAACUGUUACCUCAGUUUCUCCUUUUGGGUACCAUUUCCUUAUAGCAAAAUUGUUGUGCUGUAUACCUGUCCUCAGAACAAGUCUGAACUGCACUGAACAGCGAGGUUUUUACCCUCAUUGGUCAGUUAUUGGAUAUCUAAUUUAAAAAAAUUUGCUUAAUUGGAAAUCAUUAUGGACUAGUUUGGCUGCUGUGGUGAGGCAGAGGUGUGUUACAGAAACAUCAUCAUUUAACUCAUUUAAACACUGGAUACCUGAGGUAGUACUUCUUUUUUCCUCCUCAUCAUAGCAGAGCAAGGCAAGGUUAGAAUAAAAACUUAGAAACUAAAACACCUUCUCAGGUGUUUCAGCUUUAGAGAUUGUUACUGAACAUUAUGUCUUGCAGCUGUUGCAGAAUCUAUUAACUUAGCUGUUUAUCCUCAAUCAUAAUUUAUUAAGCUUUAGGGAUGUCUUCACACUUAAUUUAGUGAUAUCACUAAUUAGUGCUAAGGAUCACUUAAAGGUUUAGGUCAAGUUAAAAACACUGUCAUCUCUCACAGUUGGAGGCUGGGAAACGAAAAUCUUUGAAAUCAUUUAAAAAAAGACUACAGAGCAAGAUUCUGCCAUGGAGGAGGAAAUAAGAUUGAUCUACAGCCAGGUCAAAACAUACUGAAAGUCAUACAGGAUUGUUUUGAAA